CGAGAGCGAGGCUGCGGAGCAGGCGAGAAGAGACGGCAGGAGCUAGAGAGGACGCGGCACUAGGGUGGCCGUGCAAAGGGAGCGGCUGCCCGGGCCCGGGCCCCCGGCGUGCGAAUCGGCGGAGGCGGCCCAGCACCUUACUGCUGCAAUGACUGAGGAGUCCGAGGAAACGGUCCUGUACAUUGAACACCGCUAUGUCUGCUCUGAGUGCAACCAGCUCUAUGGAUCCCUGGAGGAGGUGCUUGUGCACCAGAACUCCCACGUGCCCCAGCAGCACUUUGAGCUGGUAGGCGUGGCUGAUCCUGGAGUCACCAUGGCCACAGAGACAGCCUCAGGAACAGGCCUCUAUCAAACCUUGGUACAGGAGAGCCAAUACCAGUGCCUCGAGUGUGGGCAGCUGCUGAUGUCACCCAGCCAGCUCCUGGAGCACCAGGAGCUACACCUGAAGAUGAUGGUGCCUCAGGAGGCAGUGCCAGCUGAACCUCCACCCAAGGUGCCCCCGCUGAGCUCCAGCACCAUCCACUAUGAGUGUGUGGAUUGCAAGGCUCUCUUUGCCAGCCAGGAGCUCUGGCUGAACCACCGGCAGACACAUCUCCGGGCCACACCCACCAAGGCUCCUGCUCCAGUUGUUUUGGGGUCCCCAGUUGUCCUAGGACCCCCUGUGGGCCAGGCCCGUGUGGCUGUAGAGCACUCAUACAGGAAAGCUGAAGAAGGUGGAGAAGGGGCAGCUGUCCCAUCUGCAGCUGCCAACACCACUGAGGUAGUGACCGAAGUGGAGCUGCUCCUCUACAAGUGCUCUGAGUGCUCCCAGCUCUUCCAGCUGCCUGCGGACUUCCUGGAGCAUCAGGCCACCCACUUCCCUCCUCCUGCCCCAGAGACUGGACCUGCUGUAAAGCAGGAGACCCUGACCCCAUCUCCUGCAGAGGUGCCUCUGUCUCAACCUGACCUGAUGCCAGCCUCUGAUCACAGUUAUGAGCUGCGCAACGGUGAAGCCAUUGGGCGCGAUCGCCGGGGGCGGAAGCCCCGGAGGAACAACAGCGGAGAGCCGGGCGGGGCAGCCACUCAGGAGCUUUUCUGCUCAGCCUGUGACCAGAUCUUUCUCUCACCCCACCAGCUACAGCAGCACUUGAGGAGUCACCAGGAAGGUAUUUUUAAGUGCCCCCUGUGCAGUCGUGUCUUCCCCAGUCCUUCCAGUCUGGACCAGCACCUUGGUGAUCACAGCAGCGAAUCCCACUUCUUGUGUGUAGACUGUGGUCUGGCCUUUGGCACAGAGGCCCUCCUCCUAGCCCACCGGCGAGCCCACACCCCAAAUCCUCUGCAUUCAUGUCCAUGUGGGAAGACGUUUGUCAACCUCACCAAGUUUCUGUAUCACCGGCGUACCCACGUGGCAGGGGGUGUCCCUCUGCCUGCGACUCCAGUCCCACCAGAGGAGCCUGUCAUUGGUUUUCCUGAACCAGCCCCAGCAGAGACCGGAGAGCCAGAGGCCCCAGAACCCCCCAUGUCUGAGGAGAGCGUGGCAGGGCCUGCUGCUCCUGGCACCUACCGCUGUCUCCUGUGUAGCCGUGAAUUUGGCAAGGCAUUGCAGCACCGGCACCAGCGUUUUGUGCACCGACUGGAGCGGCGCCAUAAAUGCAGCAUUUGUGGUAAGAUGUUCAAGAAGAAGUCUCAUGUGCGUAACCAUCUGCGCACGCACACAGGGGAACGGCCCUUCCCCUGCCCUGACUGCUCCAAGCCCUUCAACUCACCUGCCAACCUGGCCCGCCACCGGCUCACGCACACAGGGGAGCGGCCCUACCGGUGCGGGGACUGUGGCAAGGCUUUCACGCAAAGCUCCACGCUCAGGCAGCACCGCCUAGUGCACGCCCAGCACUUCCCCUACCGCUGCCAGGAGUGCGGGGUGCGCUUUCAUCGCCCUUACCGCCUGCUCAUGCAUCGCUACCACCACACAGGCGAGUACCCCUACAAGUGUCGAGAGUGCCCCCGCUCCUUCUUGCUGCGCAGGCUGCUGGAGGUACACCAGCUCGUGGUCCAUGCUGGGCGCCAGCCUCAUCGCUGCACAUCCUGUGGGGCUGCCUUCCCGUCCUCCUUGCGGCUUCGGGAGCACCGCUGUGCAGCUGCUGCUGCCCAGGCCCCACGGCGCUUUGAGUGCGGGACCUGUGGCAAGAAGGUGGGCUCUGCUGCUCGACUACAGGCACAUGAGGCGGCCCACGCAGCUGCUGGGCCUGGAGAGGUCCUGGCUAAGGAGCCCCCAGCUCCUAGGGCCCCAAGGGCCACUCGCACACCAGUCACUCCCUCUCCAGCUGCCCUUGGGGGCACUGCCACUACAGCCCCUGCAACUCCUGCCCGACGCCGGGGCCUAGAGUGCAGUGAGUGCAAGAAGCUGUUCAGCACAGAGACAUCACUGCAGGUACAUCGGCGUAUCCACACAGGCGAGCGGCCAUACCCGUGUCCAGACUGUGGCAAGGCCUUCCGUCAGAGUACGCACCUGAAAGACCACCGACGCCUGCACACAGGUGAGCGGCCUUUUGCUUGUGAAGUGUGUGGCAAGGCCUUUGCUAUCUCCAUGCGCCUGGCAGAACAUCGCCGCAUCCACACGGGUGAACGGCCCUACUCCUGUCCCGACUGUGGCAAGAGCUACCGCUCUUUCUCCAACCUCUGGAAGCAUCGCAAGACUCAUCAGCAGCAGCAUCAGGCAGCUGUGCGGCAACAGCUGGCAGAGGCAGAGGCUGCCGUUGGCUUGGCUGUCAUGGAGACUGCAGUGGAGGCUCUUCCCCUAGUGGAGGCCAUUGAGAUCUACCCCCUGGCCGAGGCUGAGGGGGUCCAGAUCAGUGGCUGACGCUUCAGUACCACUGUGCCCUGUUGCUGAAGGCCCUCCUCCACCAUCCCUUUAAAUCUAUGUAUAUACUGUGCUCCCUCCCCCUCCACCACGUAAGCGCUAUAACUGAAUUUAUUCUCUUUUCUGAAGGGGGUGCUCUGGGGUCCUUGAUGUGCAUAAAUGUGCCACCACACACCUGUUUGGCCCCAAAGUGAAACAGUCAAUAAAGACUGAGUUGGACAUUUAUGUGCUUUUCUCAGACCCAGCUGGAAUUUGGGAGUCAUGAGGACAUGCACUGGGUCUGAUUCUCACAGCUUCAUUCCCAGCACCCAACUACUAGGUGCUCCUUAAAAACUUGCUGGAUUGAAAAGAGGGCUCCCUGGAUCCAUGGCCAUGGCUCUAGGCACAAGCUGUUUUCAUGCUAGAUGAAGGCAGCUUGGCUCUCCUGCCACUAGAGGUCCCCACAGCCCUGUGAGAAAUCUUGAAGCUGCUCCAUUUCCAUGGCAGGAAAUGCCGAUAAUCUUACCAGCCCUAGCCCUCUCCCUCCACUCCUGCCCUGAUUGAGCAUGUCUCCCAAAGCCGUCUGGUUUUCUCACUGGAUCCCUGAAUGCACUCAGGUUGGGCAUGAUCUCUAGGAUAGAAGAGGUAGGUGGCUCCUAAGGCCAGACCCAGCUGCAAAGUUGGAGAUUGAAAAAUGUGGGGCUAGGGUAGGA